GCGCCGCAGUGACUCCGCGUCGCCUGUCUUCAGAUGCGUCGCGGUUAGUUUCCCAUCGAUAUGUCUGUAUUAUUCACGCCACAGACCUGUCAGAGACUAUGAUUGUUGCACAGCUGUUGAGUUCCAGCUGACAUGUGUGGGUGCCGGCGGCUGGGGAAGUCAGUUCGACGCGGGUGUCCGUGGCAUAGUGUUGUGCGUCAUCUCCGGUCGUGAUAACAUUAUCAACAUGGCUGUUUUGGCGCGGACAGUAUUAUGGUACAUAGUGUUUGCGGGGUUCGCCGUCAACUACAUGGUGAGAAUCAACAUCAACAUCGCUAUGGUGUCGAUGGUCAGCUGGAUGUACCUCAAGAAUCAGACAAAGACAUCACAAUGUAUCGACCCCGAUAUCAACGGAACAUCAGUCUUCAAACUGGAAGAAGACCGAGGGUUUCCGUGGGAUGAAACCAUCCAGAAUAAGAUCCUGGGGGCUUUCUUCUGGUUCCAUUGGGUCACUCAGAUUCCCGGAGGAGUGCUCGCUCGGAAGUACGGAACCAAAGCCAUCUUCGGCCUUAGUAACUUCAGCUGCUGCCUCCUCAACUUGCUGAUCCCCGCUUGUGCCUAUUGGGACUACAAACUUCUUGUAGCCAACCGAGUGAUCCAAGGCCUCAUUGUGGGGAUGGCUUGGCCGUCAAUGCACCACCUCACUGCCCAAUGGAUUCCUCCCAAUGAGAGAAGCAAAUUUGUGUCUGCUUAUCUCGGCAGCUCGGUAGGUGUGGCCAUCACUUACCCUCUCUGUGGGUUUAUCCUGAACCACCUGACCUGGGACUAUGUGUUCUACGUGACCGGAGUGCUGGGUACGGUGUGGUUCAUCAUGUGGUGGUUGCUCGUGUAUGACUCACCCUCGCAACAUCCGUGGAUCACAAGUGAAGAGCUCAAGUACAUCCAGGACAGCCUGGGCCAGACCUUAGCCAAGAAGAAGACCCGGAUACCCUGGGGGUCGAUUGCCACCUCCGUGCCAGUCUACAUGGUGAUUGUAGCCCAGUGGGGCGGAGGCUGGGGUCUCUUCACUCUCAUGACCCAAGCCCCGACAUACUUCAGCGUCAUUUUGGGGCUCGAUAUAAAAAUGGCAGGUAUUUGGUCAGGCAUACCGCAUCUGUGUCGGUGGCUAUUUGCUCUUGGAUUCGGCAUCUUUGCGGAUCAUCUUCUCAAGAAACAAGCCCUGAGCAGAACAAAUGUACGCAAACUGGCUGUAUUUUUUAGCAACAUUCUGCAAGGGUUGUUGGUGAUCGGAUUGGCUUACUCCGGCUGCAACUCACAACUUGCCAUUUUGUUCUUGAUCCUAGCCACAGGAGUGCAUGGGGCCGUCACGUCCGGGCCGUUGUCCAAUGUAGUCGAUAUCAGUCCUAACUUUGCCAGUGUACUCCAAGGUGUCGUAGGGUUGGUGACCAACACACCCGGGUUUGUGUCUGCGUACCUCGUCGGAGAGUUGACAUUCAACAAUCAAACAUUAGAAAGAUGGAAGCUCGUGUUCCUGAUCACGUCAGGAAUGCUCAUCUCCUCAGGAAUCGUCUACGUUCUGUUCGCUUCGUCGGAGCUCCAAUCAUGGAACAGCGAGGCGUCUGAAGCAGAGGAAAAAGAAGCACUAUCUCAAAGAGAGAGGAUUUCCAUUGUUAAAAUAAAUUCUGACCAUUCCAGUAACGAAAACUCAGGAAGGAACGGGACUAAGAGAUAAGAUAGUAAUUAUUUAUCCCAGUUCACUUGCACCCUUCGUGGGAGACUAUUGUUAUUGUAUAGCUCUUCAAUGUUUAUCACCACAAACAGUAUUAUGUUUUAAAAUCAAAAUGUAUACUUAAAUAGGUUAAGAAGACGUUUUGUUAUUUAGAUAUGUAUCUAGAGUUUUAAGGAAGUUAUUCCACUUUUUAUGUAUAAAACACAUUCUAUGUUUCCUA